AGCAUAAAGAAAAUACUACUCCCGCAAUAGAAAAAAUUGUAGCAAUUUUUAAUGAUCAACAAGAAUAUAGACGUGUAUGGAUUUAUUUGACAUUUAUUAAAAAUUAUGGACAACAAUUUAUACGAGAUUUAGAUUUUUUUCAAACUGAAAAUUCGCCAAUAUUUCUAUUUAUUGAAGGUCGAAUUGAACAAUUAGAAAGUAUGAUUAAUAUGGGAAAAUUGGCAACAACUUUCAUUCAACCCGUGCUUGAGGUAUUUUCUAAACUUAAUACAGAACCUGAUUUAUUUUUUUCUAUAUUUCACUCUGCAUAUCAAGCUGCCUAUAAAAAAUUUUGUGAUCAUAUUACAAAUCCUUCAAUUGAAUUAAUCCAAGAAUGGGCAAUUUAUUGUAAUUUUAAUCUUUCUUUAGUUGAAUUUCAUACUUUGGAUGAAUUUUGGAAUAAGGCCACUGACUAUAGUACCUUAUCAAUUAUAAUAUCUCCUAUAAAAAAAGACUUGAGUACUUCAUGGGAUAUGACCAGGCACAAGGUGCCUGUGCUCGUAUAG